GCAGUGGCUCCUCACUUCCCAGAUCUCAGUUCUUUUGCAGGAGCCACCGUUCUUCCCAGUCAUUCUCUUCUUUUCAAGUAAGAAUGUAUAAUAAUGUUGGAUCCCAACCUGGGGUGCCACAGCCACCCGGGGUAAUGCAGCCUCCGACAAGUUUGCCCCCUAAUCCUUUUGGGAAUGCAUUUAAUGUUGCUGGUUCAGGACUCAUUAAAGGUGGAUUGGGUGCAUAUGGAGGAAAAAUAUUAGGAUCCAGCUCUGAGUAUGUCCAAAGCAAUAUAAGUCGGUAUUUCUCUGAUCCUCAAUACUAUUUCCAAGUGAAUGACCAUUAUGUUAAGAACAAAUUGAAGGUUGUAUUAUUUCCAUUCCUGCACAGGGGUCAUUGGACUAGAAUUACUGAGCCAGUGGGGGGUAGGCUAUCGUAUAAGCCACCAAUUUAUGACAUAAAUGCACCUGACCUGUACAUUCCGUUAAUGGCAUUUGGUACCUAUGUUGUUCUUGCUGGCCUCUCAUUGGGUCUUCGUGGAAAGUUUAGUCCAGAAGCUUUGAACUUGUUAUUCAUCAAGGGAUUGCUCGGUUGGUUUAUGCAAGCUGCACUGCUUAAGGUGACUCUGCUUUCAUUGGGCAGUGGGGAAGCACCUCUGCUGGACAUUAUAGCAUAUGCUGGGUAUACUUUCACCGGAAUAUGUUUGGCCGUUCUUGGAAGAAUAAUAUUGGGUUACUCCUACUACUUUUUGAUGCCAUGGACCUGUUUAUGCAUGGGAGUAUUCUUGGUGAAAACAAUGAAAAGAGUCCUUUUUGCUGAGGUCAGGAGUUAUGACUCGAGCAAACAUCACUAUCUCUUGCUCUUCAUUGCUUUGGUUCAGUUCCCAUUGUUCACAUGGCUUGGCAACAUUACUAUCAAUUGGCUUUUAUAGGGUGAUAGUUUUUACACUGUACUUAGGAGCAAUUCUUAGUGAAAAUUUUUGGUUGAUGAUGUUGGAGAAUUGUAAUAUAUGGACUUUUUGUUUCCCCAUUGUUUUUAUCUGUUGGUAAGUUUUCAGAAAUGCAUAACUUCAGGCCUUAUCCAUAUAUGCUUAUUUUCCCCGAUACACAACAAUUGAAACAUUUUUCUUUUUAAAAAUAUGUAUACCACUGUGACAACAAUAUGAAGUUGGAUUUUUGUAGUUGUAU